AUGGACGAACUCACAUGGGAAGGCGACAAGAUGGAAAAUCUAUAUAAUAAGCAGGUCGAAGCAGGCCUAUAUCAUGGUCAGAAUCCGCACCAUAUCCAACAGAAGAAACCUCGACACUCAUCGUUCAAGAUGGCAAUCAUGUGGUGGCCGCUCUUGCUCCUGUUCCACCUGUUCACCAAACUCUGCGACUUCUCGAUCUACCGAUACCUCUUGGACAGCUAUGCAAACAACAUCAGUCCUGUCUCGAGGCCUGCGACGAUGUCUGCGAAUUCAGGGCUGACCAACCAGCCCAACUUCAUUUUCAUCAUGACCGACGACCAGGACUUGCACAUGAACUCGAUCGACUAUCAGCCGGCAGUGCAGAAGCAUUUUGCGGCUGAAGGAAGCUUCUACUCUCGACAUUACUGCACCAUAUCGAUUUGCUGUCCGUCGAGGGUUUCCUUGUUGACUGGGAAAGCUGCUCAUAACACGAAUGUGACAGACGUCUCCCUGCCGUAUGGUGGUUAUACCAAGUUCGUGACUGAAGGCUGGAACGAACAGUACUUGCCGGUCUGGCUUCAGGAAGCCGGCUAUCACACGUACUACACUGGCAAGCUGAUGAACGGCCACUCGACGGCAACGUACAAUCAGCCGUAUCCAAAGGGCUGGACGGGCACGAACUUCCUAAUUGACCCUGGAACGUACGUCUACUAUAACUCGACGACGCAGCGGGAUCAGGAGGAACCGCAACAAAAUCCGGGAGAGUACUCGACUGACAUCAUCGCUUCGAGUGCGGUUGGGUUCCUGAAUGACGCUUUGGUUAGGGAAGCACCAUUCUUCCUCGGUGUCGCUCCUGUCGGUCCCCACGCUGAGACACUGCACGCUGAAGAUGGUGGUGUAGCUUUCUACGAUCCCGUUCCUGCUGAUCGCCACAAGCACCUGUAUCCGGAUCUGAAGGUUCCUCGCACGCCAAACUUCAAUCCUGACGUAUACAGUGGUGGCGGCUUCAUCAGGUCUCUUGAGAAGCAGAAUGAGACCGUCGUCAGCUACAACGACGGGUUCUAUCGUGCUCGAAUCCAGGCACUGCAGGCUGUCGACGAUUUGAUCGAGUCGAUAGUGGGGUGGUUGGAUGAGCAUCCUGAUAUACGGGAGAACACCUACCUCAUCUACACGACUGACAACGGCUAUCACAUCGGCCAGCAUAGACUCCCACCAGGAAAGACUUGCAAUCUGGAAACGGACAUCAACAUCCCGUUCUUCGUUCGUGGUCCUGGCGUCGAGAAGGGCAAGACUGUCUCAUACGCUACAACGCACACAGAUAUUGUCCCGACUCUCUUCAAGCUUGCCGGCAUCCCACUGCGUGAUGACUUUGAUGGCGAGCCGAUCCCAGUUACCACCGACAUGCAGGACACCUCCCCUCGAAGCAGCGAACAUGUCAACGUCGAAUUCUGGGGCCCGGCAAUCUUCGAAGGCAUCCACACCCCGAAUGGGAGUGCGUUAGUUCCCAGCCCUGGUCUGACUGGCAUGAUGGGUCCAAACAACACCUGGAAAUCUGUCCGCCUCAUUGACGACCACCACGAUCUCACGUACACCGUCUGGUGCUCCAACGAACAUGAGCUGUACGACAUGAAGAACGAUCCUUACCAGAUGGACAACUUGCUCGCUGAAGGCCGUGUGCAACCGCUGGAAGUCUCUGGCUACGAUAUCAACCGACUGGUGUCCCGGAUCGAUGCGCUUCUGCUCACUCUGAAGGCCUGUGUGGGCUCAACGUGUACCCGGCCAUGGGGAGCACUGCAUCCGAAGGGCGAUGUGAAGAACUUGAAGGACGCGAUGCACAAACACUUCGACCACUUCUACAUGGGAAAGCAGAAGAAAGUGACGUUCAGUGGCUGUGCGGAUGGGUAUCUGCCGUGGUUGGAGGGUCCUCUUGAGUCGGAGCCGUACAUGGACAGUUUUGGCAGGAUGGCGAGACGGGCGAGGUGGGAAGAUAUGACGUGA